GGCCCGGAACCUACCCAGCCCCUCGAACUGGAGUAUUGGGACGAAGCAUCUGCUGUGGGCUCAGACCUCGGGGGCCAGGGGAGAGCCUCUGGAUCAGCUGGGGGCCAGAGGGCAGGGGCGGUGACCACGGGCCUGGGAAGGUAGAUGCCUUCAGGGAGGAGGCUGGGAAGGGCCUGAGGAGGGACUGGUGGUCACAUCCCCCGCCUCCUGGCCUGGCGGUCCCCAUGCUGGCCCCGAGGCCACUCCUGCUGCCGCUCCUCGUGGUUGGGCUGACCUUGGGGGCCAGCCUGCCGCCAGGACCCGGGAGCCACCCAGGCGUGUGCCCCAACCAGCUCAGCCCCAACCUGUGGGUGGAUGCCCAGAGCACCUGUGAGCGUGAGUGCGUCAGGGACCAGGACUGCCAGGCCUCCGAGAAGUGCUGCGCCAACGUGUGCGGGCUGCAGAGCUGCGUGGCGGCGCGCUUCCCUGACGGCAGCCCGGCCGUGCCCACGCCGCUGGCCUCCUGUGAGGGCUUCACGUGCGCACAGCAGGGCUCCGACUGUGACAUCUGGGACGGCCAGCCCGUGUGCCGCUGCCGUGACCGCUGCGAGAAGGAGCCCAGCUUCACCUGUGCCUCCGACGGCCUCACCUACUACAACCGCUGCUACAUGGACGCAGAGGCCUGCCUGCGUGGCCUCCGCCUGCACGUCGUGCCCUGCAAGCACGUCCUCAGCUGGCCGCCCAGCAGCCCCGGCCCUCCCGAGACCACGGCCGGCCCCACGCCCGGGGAGGCCCCGAUGCCGCCCGCCCUCUACAGCAGCCCCGCCCCGCAGGCCGUGUACGUGGGGGGCACGGCCAGCCUCCACUGCGAGGUCAGCGGCCGCCCGCCGCCAGCCGUGACCUGGGAGAAGCAGAGCAACCAGCGGGAGACCCUCAUCAUGCGGCCGGACCAGAUGUACGGCAACGUGGUGGUCACCAGCGUCGGGCAGCUGGUGCUGUACAACGCGCGGCCCGAGGACGCCGGCCUCUACACGUGCACCGCUCGCAACGCCGCCGGCCUGCUGCGCGCCGACUUCCCGCUGUCCGUGGUGCGGCGGGAGGCGGCCGGGGACGUGGCCCCCACGCCCCCCGACCCCGCCGAGUGCCUGUCCGCCGCGCAGGCCUGCGCCGGCGCCCCCUCCGGCCCGGUCCUCUGGCGGUACGACCCCCAGCGCGGGGGCUGCAUGACCUUCCCCGCCUGUGGCUGCGAGGGCGGCGGCAGCCGGGGCUUCGAGACCUACGAGGCCUGCCAGCGGGCCUGCGCCCGCGGCCCCGGCGACGCCUGCGUGCUGCCCGCCGUGCAGGGCCGCUGCCAGGGCCGGGAGCCCCGCUGGGCCUACAGCCCGCUGCUGCGGCAGUGCCACCCCUUCGUCUACGGCGGCUGCGAGGGCAACGGCAACAACUUCGAGAGCCGCGCGAGCUGUGAGGAUGCCUGCCCGGUGCCGCGCACGCCGCCCUGCCGGGCCUGCCGCCUCCGGAGCAAGCUGGCGCUGAGCCUGUGCCGCAGCGACUUCGCCAUCGUGGGGCGGCUCACGGAGGUGCUGGAGGAGCCGGAGGUGGGGGGCGGCGGCAUCGCCCGCGUGGCCCUGGACGAGGUGCUCAAGGACGACAAGAUGGGCCUCAGGUUCUUGGGCACCAAGUACCUGGAGAUGACGCUGAGCGGCAUGGACUGGACCUGCCCCUGCCCCAACGUGACGGCUGGCGACGGCCCGCUGGUCAUCAUGGGUGAGGUGCGCGACGGCGUGGCGGUGCUGGACGCCGGCAGCUACGUCCGCGCCGCAAGUGAGAAACGCGUCAAAAAGAUCUCGGAGCUGCUCGAGAAGAAGGCCUGUGAGCUGCUGAACCGCUUCCAGGACUAGCCUCACCCCUGCCCGUGUCUGCCCACCCUGUCCUCCUGUCCUGCUGAAUA